AUGGCGCCAGCAAUAGUCGAGUCCGCGCCUACGAGCGCUGCUCCCACGAGCAAAAACUCCUCAACAGGAGUCGACACUGCUGUCUUUCCUGACGGCAUCAAGACCUCCGGUCAACUGGAACCAAUCUACUCCCUCUUGGAACCCUAUAGCAAGUUCCCCAAGCAGAUCCCAACCUCAGCACCAACCUACUGGGAGUCCUCAGACUAUGCCUCCAACCCCUCCCUCUGGCAACAUCCCUUCUCCCCAGAAGAGCUCGCCUCCCUCUCCAGCGCGGCAGACGACUUCAUCGCCAAAGACCUGCCCAUCACAGGCAUCAACCCCUCCAACUUCCACCUCUCCGACACUCUCCGCGCCAGCCUCGCUUCCAUGCGCAACGAGCUUCUCAACGGCAAGGGCUUCCUCCUCUACAAAGGCCUCCCCGUCCAGGAAUGGGGCAACUACAAAUCCGGCGUCGCUUACUUCGGCUUGGGCUCCCAUCUUGGUCUCCCUGUCUCGCAAAACUCCCGUGGCCAUAUCCUCGGCCACGUCAAAGACCUAGGUGAGGACGCCACGCAGAUCGAUAAAGUCCGAAUCUAUCGCACCAAUGCACGCCAAUUCUUUCACGCCGACGACUGCGACAUCGUCGGUUUGCUAUGUCUUGCGCGUGCUGAGUUCGGUGGCGAGAGCGAUAUAGCGUCCGUUCACCGCGUCUGGAACAUUCUGCAGGCGGAGCGGCCGGAUGUUGCCGAGCUGUUGACGCAGCCGGUGUGGUAUUUCGAUCGCAAGGGUGAGACUAGCAAGGGACAAGCAGGGUACAUCCGCACAUCUGUCUUCUACCUAGAGCCCAAGGACCCCGCGAAUCCAGAGCGGGAACAGCGCGUCUACUGCAAGUGGGACCCAUACUAUGUCCGCAGCCUCAAGCGCUUCUCGGACGCAGGCGAGAUACCACCGCUCUCGCCAGCGCAGCUCGAGGCGAUCGAUGUGCUGGAGCAGACUUGCGAUCGGGUCAAAUUGCAUAUGGUGCUGGAGGUUGGCGAUCUGCAAUUCGUGUCGAACAGCCAUGUGUUACAUGCGCGGACGGCGUACAGGGACUACGGCCCGGAUAGCGGGAUGCCGAGAAGGCAUUUGAUGAGGCUGUGGUUGGCGACGAGUGAGGAUGAGGGUGGUUGGAGGCUGCCGUUUGAGGAUAGCAGGGAGAAGAAGAGGGGUGGGAUUCAGGUUGAUGAUACGCCGCCGGUGGCGAGGUUGGACGCGGAUUGA